AUGGGGUUGUUGAGUAUUAUUAGGAAGCAGAAACUUAAGGACAGAGAGAUUCGGUGCUUGAUCUUGGGACUCGACAAUUCAGGGAAGUCAACGAUAGUAAACAAAUUGUUGCCCGAAAACGAGCAGAGUACUAACGGUAUAACACCCACUGUCGGAUUUCAGAUACAUAGUCUGAUGAUAAGGGACGUUAUGGUGUCGUUGUGGGACAUUGGCGGACAACGGACAUUGAGGCCGUUUUGGGAUAACUACUUCGACAAGACGCAAGUGAUGAUAUGGUGUAUAGAUAUAAGCCUUUUGGUGCGGUUUGAUGAAACCAUGCAAGAGUUGAGGGAACUGGUUAAUAGAGACGAAAGCCGAAUAGGAUACGACUGUGCAGUCAUUAUCGCACUAAACAAGAUUGACCUAGUGGAGAACAAGACCGAACUCGGCCGAAGAUCCAGAUUGGUGGAGAGCGUGCUGAAGUGUCUGUUCAAGCCAGACAUCCGACUAGCUCUUGUCCAAUGUAGCGGGAUCACCGGCGAGGGCCUCGACGACCUGCAAGGCCGGUUGGUAGAAUUCUCCCGCUUUGCCCAAUAA